UAAUUCAAAACAAAAAUGUAAAUACAUGUACAUGUACGUGUGUAUGUAUUUUGUGAAAUUUCCAAUAGGCAUAACUAUAUAGUAUUAAAUUGUCCCAUACUAAUUUGCUAUAAGAGAGAAUUAUUAAGAUAUUGGUUAGUGUUAGUUUAACAAAAAUAACCAAGUAGGGAGCCAAAGUAACUUAAGUUCAGCCAAUAUGGGAAAUUAACAAUUCACGCUCCAUUUAUGAGAUGGCCCUAGGCCAUGACGGAUCUAGAGUCCAUUCAAUAAAAAAUGAAGUUAGUGAGAAACAUAAUACUAGUAUUGGGGCUAUCAAUGACUUUAUGGAAUCAUGUACAAGCUGAAAUGUCCUCUAUCACUGAAGGAGUAGAAUGGCCAAUAUCUUUAAAUGUGAGCUGUCAAAAGCUAGGAGCAGCAGUGGCCUGCUCUUUUGAUUUUAUUAAUAAAAAUGAUAAAGAGGAUUAUUAUAUCUUGAAACGAGGUACACCACUUGAAGGACUUCUCUCACCAUUCAUCUCUCUAAAUUAUAAAGGGAAUUAUCAACUCCAAUAUAAAGGGAUUCAUGUCCACCGCAAUCCACCAGAAAGGGAUGAGUUUAUACUCCUGAGAUCAGGGAAAUCAAUAUCAGCAUCAGUUGCAAUCAACAAUGUAUUUGAGUUCCCAAAAGAUGGUCUUUAUACAGUAACAUACAUUAGUCCAUUGCAAUACAUAUCAAAGACAUCAAUGGAAUUAGAAUCAAGCGAGUAUCAGCUCAUUCAGUCACAGGUAAAAAAAUCGUUCUCCAUUUAUCUAGAGGAUGUUGCUGCCUCAGUCUCAAAGCCAUUCAAGGAAGAGAAUAAAGGAAGGUUAAUAGAUCUUUUAAGUAUAGAAGGCUGUGGUAGUGCUGGUUUCAUUGGUGGGAGUAUAAAACAAAAGAUUGGCAUUACAAAAGCUCACACUCAACUUUGCAAACAUUACAGAGUAGCAAAGAACAAAAUAGACAACACUCAGCUGUAUGAAACCUGGUUUGGGGAAUAUACUCCAUCCAGAGCUAAACUUGUAACUGAAGUGAUACUGAAAUGUAUUGAAGGACUAGAAGGCAAUGCAGUUACAUAUCGGAUCAAUCCUUCAAUGUGUCGUUAUAAUUGGAAUGCAUUCACAUAUGCAAACAGUAACAGUGUUUCACUCUGCCCUGCUUAUCAUCAUCGUGACAUCUACUGCAAGCGACAUGGAUCACCUACAAAGGAAAGUAUCUUAGCACAUGAAUGGACUCAUGCUUUUGGAUGGACAAGGGAUUUUGUGUAUGGGGAGAAAAGGACAAAAGAGCUAGCAAAGAAGGAUCCUUGGAAAGCCGUAAUGAAUGCAGAUAGCUAUGAAUAUUUUUAUUGCAUAUCACAGUACCAGUAAAUUGUAAAUUUUUAGUUUAUGUAGCAGUAUAACAACUUUGAUUCCAGUA